GUAUGAAGAAUACCAGAUGAACAAAAUCAUCGUAGAUGAACCACAACAGCCUUCAAUCUCACAAUUCCUUGACACUCGUGUAGGGCGUUACAGCCUGACCCACCCACAGCAGAAGGCCAUCUCCAAUGCGAUACUGUCUGACUUGAUUAUUGAUUGCAAUUUCCCUCUGUCUAUUGUGGAAAAUAAGAGCUUUCGUCACACAAUAACUACACUUAUUAAUGGUAGAAGGGGAGCUAAAUAUAUGUACUAUGUACUCUCGCUCAUGUGUGUGUAAAACAUUCAUAUGGCCGGCCACGGACAAUACGAUGAUUAACAAAAUAAGGAUAUGCAGAUGCACGCCUGCUACCUGAGUGGGAGUGAACCAAUAGAGAAAGUACUCGGGUUGAGAAACUCAUUUCAGUGUUGCAUUCAGCACACUUGACUUAGGUAGAGCUUAGUAGAAACUCAAACUGUCCUGAACACACACACAUGCAAACACACAAAUAAAGGCCAUAUAAAUUAGGUGUAGGUGACGAUAGCUGCACACUCUGACCUUCAAAGGCUUCAGAGUGAAUAUGUUCUUCUAAAGGCCCGGACUCUUAGUAUAGCUUACCUAAUGAAGUGUGUGUGUGGUGUGUUUACCUAAUGAAGUGUGUGUGUGGUGUGUUUACCUAAUGAAGUGUGUGUGUGGUGUGUUUACCUAAUGAAGUGUGUGUGUUGUGUGUUUACCUAAUGAAGUGUGUGUGUGGUGUGCUUACCUAAUGAAGUGUGUGUGUGGUGUGUUUACCUAAUGAAGUGUGUGUGUGUGGUGUGCUUACCUAAUGAAGUGUGUGUGUGGUGUGUUUACCUCAUGAAGUGUGUGUGUGGUGUGUUUACCUAAUGAAGUGUGUGUGUGGUGUGCUUACCUAAUGAAGUGUGUGUGUGGUGUGUUUACCUCAUGAAGUGUGUGUGUGGUGUGUUUACCUCAUGAAGUGUGUGUGUGGUGUGUUUACCUCAUGAAGUGUGUGUGUGGUGUGUUUACCUAAUGAAGUGUGUCACUCUGGUACACCCUGAAUGUCACCAAACUGACCUAUUAUGGGUUCACAACUUUUAAACAACCUUUAUACGCCCUGCUAACAACAAACAUUCCCUUAAGGGUGUCAUUAGGUCAUUAACAUUUUCAUAGGAUUGUUCCUGUGAUGUGCAAGGAAUAUUUCCAUGAGACCAUUACCUUAAUGUCAAAUAGGACUUACCCACAAUGUGGUUACCAUGUUCUCAGAACUUACAAUAUUAAUGUUCUAGACAAGUUUCAUGGGAAAGUUGCAAGAACACUUGUGUCCAGUUCUGUGGAUUAGGAGAAUGUUCCAUGAACGUCCCACCAAACAUACACAGAACAUGGCUGCCAUGUUCUUAGAACAUAAGAUAUUAAUGUUCUAGACAAGUUUUAUGAGAACGUUGCAAGAACAUUCCAGUUUUCUGAGCGUUAGCAUGUAAGCAGAUACCCAUAGACUUCCAGUCAUUGCGCUAACGCUAGUUAGCAUUGGCUCACGAAACUACCUCUAACUUCCUUCAUACUGGACACAUAGACUUAGAAAUGGUAUCCACAAGCUCAUCUGACUCUGGGGAAGUAGAUAAAGGACAUCAUUGCCAAAAUCCUAAAGUUUCCCUUUUAACCACUGAUCCAUUCAUAGCUAUUUGUCUGUUGGCAAUGUUAGGGAUACUCACACACACAGUGCAUUUAACAUAGUGUUUUCAGCUUUACAUAUUUGACAUACCUGAUUACAUUGUGCAUGUUCAUUUAUGAAGUAAUUAUUAUUCAACGUACUCACUUGGGAUUUAAACUCUCAACCUUUUGGUUGACGGUGCUCUGGUCUUCCUGCUACGCCACCAUGUCAGGUAUUAGUUCAUCUGACUAUUCUCAGCAUUGAUUUUAUUUACUUAUUUAAACAAUUUAAGGGCUUUCUGUAUAGUUGUAUGUUGGUGGGGUGUAUUAACCUGUUUUAAUGAUACUCCUGAAUCAAUAAAAUAUUUUUUUGAGUGUACUUUUAACAGAGCUGAGAUUUACUUCAAACUGCAUUCACCCUAUUACUUACACCUAUCAAGUUGUUUGAGAUCUACACAAGUGCCUAGGGAAGAGGGGUUAGGGUUUCUUCUGGACAGGGCCUAACUAUACUGGCCCAAUAAGCACAUGUCCUAGAGAUAUCCUUUAUUGGGACUGUGGAUAGGGCAUUUGUCAUUGGUGCUGGUGGCCUAGGUUGGAGACCUGCUAGAGGAGUCACCCUACUCUCACAUUCUUAGCAAUAUACUGUAUGUUGAAUGAAAUAAAUCGUAUUUGUCACAUGCGCCAAAUACAACAAGUAAGAAAAAAGUAAUACAAAAAAAGGAAAUGGUACUAAAAUAACAAUAACGAGGCUAUAUACAAGGAGUACCGGUACCAAGUCAAUGUGCAGGGGUACAAGAUGAAAUGGAGGUAAUAUAUACAGUGAGGGAAAAAAGUAUUUGAUCCCCUGCUGAUUUUGUACGUUUGCCCACUGACAAAGAAAUGAUCAGUCUAUAAUUUUAAUGGUAGGUUUAUUUGAACAGUGAGAGACAGAAUAACAACAAAAAAAUCCAGAAAAACGCAUGUCAAAAAUGUUAUAAAUUGAUUUGCAUUUUAAUGAGGGAAAUAAGUAUUUGACCUUCUCUCAAUCAGAAAGAUUUCUAUCUCCCAGGUGUAUUUUAUACAGGUAACGAGCUGAGAUUAGGAGCACACUAAGGGAGGGAGUGCUCCUAAUCUCAGUUUGUUACCUGUAUAAAAGACACCUGUCCACAGAAGCAAUCAAUCAAUCAGAUUCCAAACUCUCCACCAUGGACAAGACCAAAGAGCUCUCCAAGGAUGUCAGGGACACGAUUGUAGACCUACACAAGGCUGGAAUGGGCUACAAGACCAUCGCCAAGCAGCUUGGUGAGAAGGUGACAACAGUUGGUGCGAUUAUUUGCAAAUGGAAGAAACACAAAAUAACUGUCAAUCUCCCUCGGCCUGGGGCUCCAUGCAAGAUCUCACCUCGUGGAGUUGCAAUGAUCAUGAGAACGGUGAGGAAUCAGCCCAGAACUACACGGGAUGAUCUUGUCAAUGAUCUCAAGGUAGCUGGGACCAUAGUCACCAAGAAAACAAUUGGUAACACACUACGUCGUGAAGGACUGAAAUCCUGCAGCGCCCGCAAGGUCCCCCUGCUCAAGAAAGCACAUAUACAGGCCCGUCUGAAGUUUGCCAAUGAACAUCUGAAUGAUUCAGAGGAGAACUGGGUGAAAGUGUUGUGGUCAGAUGAGACCAAAAUCGAGCUCUUUGGCAUCAACUCAACUCGCCGUGUUUGGAGGAGGAGGAAUGUUGCCUAUGACCCCACGAACACCAUCCCCACCGUCAAACAAGGAGGUAGAAACAUUAUGCUUUGGGGGUGUUUUUCUGCUAAGGGGACAGAACAACUUCCCCGCAUCAAAGGGACGAUGGACGGGGCCAUGUACCGUCAAAUCUUGGGUGAGAACCUCCUUCCCUCAGCCAGUGCAUUGAAAAUGGGUCGUGGAUGGGUAUUCCAGCAUGACAAUGACCUAAAACACACGGCCAAGGCAACAAAGGAGUGGCUCAAGAAGAAGCACAUUAAGGUCCUGGAGUGGCCUAGCCAGUCUCCAGACCUUUAUCCCAUAGAAAAUCUGUGGAGGGAGCUGAAGGUUUGAGUUGCCAAACGUCAGCCUCAAAACCUUAAUGACUUGGAGAAGAUCUGCAAAGAGGAGUGGGACAAAAUCCCUCCUGAGAUGUGUGCAAACCUGGUGGCCAACUACAAGAAACGUCUGACCUCUGUGAUUGCCAACAAGGGUUUUGCCACCAAGUACCAGAGGUGUGGACUCGAGUCAUGUGACUUGGACUCGAGUCAGACUCGAGUCAUGAAUUUGAUGACUUCAGACUCGACUCGACAAAAUGUACAAAGACUUGCAACUCGACUUGGACUUUAACAUCAAUGACUCGUGACUUCACUUGGACUUGCGCCUUAUGACUCGAGAAGACUUGCUACUUCCCAUGAAAACUGGGGAAAAAAAUUUUCACACGGCCGUGCCGCUCUCCGUUUAUCUGCAUCUGUGAAAAAAAUGUGCACCAUCCACCUGUAUGCAUACAGAGAGCGCGCGCUGCCUGCACGUUAUCCAAUCACUGUAGUCCCACGUUGUUUUGAUUCGACAGCAUCUAAGCAGGCACAUUGCAAGACAACCAAUGAAGCACAUCAAGCAACAACGCGCCAGUUGUCAAAAUGAUACCGAAGAUAGUUUGGUUUGGCUAUAAAAAUUACGAGGUAGUCGACAAAAAACGAGUUGCAAUCUGCAAAACAUGCGGAUCGAAGAUUACAGACGGAGCUGCCACAACGUCCAACUUUGUUCGACACCUGAAGUUGCACAAAGAAAGGUAAGUUUUGAACGAAUGCUACGCACCUUAUCGGAUGUACCGUAACUUACUAGCUAGCUGCUGCAUAUUUACUGUAUCAACGAGACAAACGCACGUCUCCCUUGCUGGUUCAUGCUUACAAAAAUAUGGAUUUUUGAACUGCUAUUAUAUGGACAUUCUAAAACGCUUUCGUGAAAAACGCUUAACGUUCUUUAAUGUACUAAGACAGUGUUAUUAAAAGACCAAACUCUGUAAAUAUCAUAUUAAUAAAGUAUACUAUGUACAAAACAUCAGAUGAGCCCAGAAUAUGAACGCAAACACGUUUAAUAACACGUUGCGUUUUCCUCCCAUAGAAAACUAUUAUAAGAAAAGGCUUAACGUGUCUUAAUAUACUGAGACAGUAAUAUUAAAAGACCAAACUAUAAAUAUCAGAUUAAUAAAGUAUACUAAAUGUACAAAACAUCAGAUGAGGCCAGAAUAUGAACGCAAACACGUUUAACAACACGUUAAGUGUUUUCCUCCCAUAGAAAACCAUUAUAAGAAAAGGCUUAACAUGUCUUAUGUAGGCUACUAUGUAUUCUGGGCUCAUCUGAUGUUUUGUACAUAGUAUGCUUUAUUAAUAUGAUAUUUGCAGAGUUUGGUCUUAUAAUAUUACUGUCUUAGUAUAUUAAGCAUUAAGCAACGUUAAGCGUUUUUCACGUUAAGCGUUUUAGAAUUCAGUUUCAGAGUUGCUGGUGUGCUGCCUCAUUGAGGUCGUUUAUGUAAUUUUGGUUAAUCACAACUAAGCUGAACUGUCGCUGAAGACAAAAUAUCACAAUUAAACAAUGAAUGCACCCCCUUUCACAACUCGGAUGUAGUUGGUGCAUCCCUAAACCCAUCCAAGUACAACAGGAAACAUAGUAAGACGUAUACAUUGUAAAGAGGAAAAUGAUAACACAGUCACAGUAGAUCCACCAUUAGCCUUCCCUUUUCAUAUCAUGCCCAAACAGCAGACAGCGCAUGGACAGAGUGCUACCGUAGUCUACAGUAGGUCUGUGAGGCAGCGCACCACUGGGAUAUAUACAGUAUAUAAUAAAAUAAUAACGAUUAUAGUAGUAAUGUUCAGAGAUGCAAUAGAUUAUUAUAGUGCAGUUCUUAACUAAUGGGAAUAUUGUUUAGCUUAUUUUUGGUUUAAUUUGGUUUACUUUAGUUAUUUAAUUUAUUCAAUUAUUUUGUUUUUCUAUACUUUUCAUGCCAACUUGCCAUGGCCCCCCUAGAACCCCCUCGCGGCACCCAAGGGUCCCCGUCCCCACUUUGAAAACCACUGCUAUAAAGCAUAUGACUUCAGUUUCUUGAGGGAAAGGGCUUUCUUAUGAAUUUUGAAGCAGUGAAAAUAUUCUUAAUAUUGCAUACACUGACACUGAAAUGUAUUAUCGUAAACCGUAGUGUACAAUAGGCAAUGAAUAUUAACACAACAACAUUGAUAUGAGUAAAGAGUAGUUUCAAAUACAACAUGUGUGGCUGUAAAGGAUUUUCUGACAUCUGUUUCAUAUUCUUCUCUGUUACAGGUAUGAAGAAUACCAGAUGAACAAAAUCAUCGUAGAUGAACCACAACAGCCUUCAAUCUCACAAUUCCUUGACACUCGUGUAGGGCGUUACAGCCUGACCCACCCACAGCAGAAGGCCAUCUCCAAUGCGAUACUGUCUGACUUGAUUAUUGAUUGCAAUUUCCCUCUGUCUAUUGUGGAAAAUAAGAGCUUUCGUCACUUUCUGGCUGUGCUGGACAGCAAGUAUACCCCAGUAUGUCGCCGAACGCUGACCACAAAAACAGAGAGCCUUGCUGAGGAGAGACGGUCAAAGUUAAAAACUCAAUUGAGCAACACUGACCAUGUUUCAGUCACUGUGGACAUUUGGUCUGAUCGAAAGAUGAGGGGAUUCCUUGGUGUCACUGUGCACUGGAUGGAGCGAGAUGCAGAGAGGGUACAGCUAAAGACUAAUCUCUUGGCCUGCAACCGCUUCAAAGGCUCUCACACAGCAGAGCGAAUCUGUGACCAAUUUGAGGCAAUAUGUGAUGAAUACAACAUCAAAGCUAAAUUGGACUAUAUAAUUAGUGACAAUGCUGCUAACAUGCGCAAGGCAUUUACAGUCUGCUUCCCCAGCGAACAGGAGGAAGAUGAAGAUGCUGGAGAUAAUCUUGAUGAUCCUGAGCUAUGGCAUGACUUAACCCAAGAAGACCAGCAAACCGUCGAUGCUGCUAUGGCAAAGAAACAGCGCCUGCAGUGUUUUGCACACACAUUGCAGCUGGUUGUGGGAGACGGUUUGAAAGAAACAAAAGCGGCAUGUCCUUCUCUCUCCAAGUUAUCAAAACUUAGCUCCCUGCUCCACACAAGCACAACGUUUAAAGACAUCUUCGAUGGUGAAUUUGGGGAGCACAGAGGCAUCCCUGCUGCAGUGAGCACGAGGUGGAAUUCCACACUGCGGCAGGUAAAAGCAGUCCUUCAUUGUGAUCAGCAAAAGCUCUGCGCAGUUCUUGAGAAGGCCGGGCAUAAAGAACUGUCAUUCACACCACGAGAGUGGAAUCUGCUGAAGGAGUUGGUGGACAUCUUAAAACCGUUCGGAGAAGCAACUGAUUUGACACAGGGGGAGAAAGUCAUUACAAUCAGUGCAGUUGUUCCAUCCAUCUUGUCCCUCAAUCACCAUCUUGAGAAGCUGAAGCCUCAAGUUCGUUUCCUGAGUGGC